GCGCCUUCAUCCAUUGACUUCGGGUAGAAUAGCUACAUGAUAAUUAGCAAGCCGUCGCCAUGGUAAUGAAGUCGUCUGUUGAUGAAGACGAUGCUGGCUGGGGAUUGGGAAUCCCAGAGAAGAUGAAGAAUAAUGCAAACUGGGUGGACAUCACACAUGACUUCAAAGGGGCAUGCAAAGAACUUAACCUUGGGGAGUUACUCCAUGACAAACUGUUCGGUCUGUUUGAGGCCAUGUCUGCUAUCGAGAUGAUGGACCCUAAGAUGGAUGCUGGCAUGAUAGGCAACCAGGUCAACAGGAAGGUGCUGAACUUCGAACAGGCGGUCAAGGAUGGUACGAUCCGAGUGAGCGACCUCAGCCUUCCUGAGCUCAUCGGCAUCAUGGACACCUGCUUCUGCUGCCUGAUCACGUGGCUGGAGGGCCACUCCCUGGCCCAGACGGUGUUCACCUGUCUGUAUGUCCACAACCCCGACCUCAUAGAAGACCCCGCCCUCAAGGCCUUCACUCUGGGCAUCCUCAAGGUGUGCGACAUCGCCCGCGAGAAGGUCAACAAAGCUGCCGUGUUUGAAGAGGAGGAUUUCCAGGCCAUGACCUAUGGUUUCAAAAUGGCCAACAAUGUUACAGACCUACGAGUCACAGGGAUGCUGAAGGAUGUGGAGGAUGAGCUGCAAAGAAGAGUCAAGAGCACACGCACCAGGCAAGGAGAGCAGCGCGACCCGGAGGUGGAGCUGGAGCAUCAGCAGUGUUCGGCACUUUUCAACAGAAUCAAGUUUACAAGGCUUCUGCUUACCGCUCUGAUGGCCUUCACUAAGAAAGAGACCAGCUCAGUGAGUGAGGCCCAGAAGCUGAUGGCCCAGGCUGCAGACCUCCUGCCCUUCAUCCACUCCAGCCUGGAGUACGGCAUCCAGUCCCAGAACGACACCACGAAAGGAGACCACCCCAUCAUGAUGGGGUUUGAACCCCUGGUGAACCAGCGUCUGCUGCCGCCCACGUUUCCCCGCUACGCCAAGAUCAUCAAGCGGGAGAGCAUGGUCGGCUACUUCGGCAAGCUCAUCGACCGCAUCAGGAACGUGUGUGAGGUCAUCACCACCACCAACCUGCACGGCAUCCUGGACUUCUUCUGCGAGUUCAGCGAGCAGUCUCCCUGCGUCCUCUCCAGAUCUCUGCUCCAGACGACCUUCCUGAUAGACAAUAAGAAGGUGUUUGGGACUCACCUCAUGCAGGAUAUGAUUAAAGAUGCCCUGAGGUACUUUGUCAGCCCACCUGUCCUCUCUUCCAAGUGCUGUCUCUAUAACAACCACCAAGCCAAGGACUACAUCGACUCCUUCGUCACACACUGUUCCCGACCAUUCUGCAGUCUCAUCCAGAUCCACGGGCACAACCGUGCUCGCCAGAGAGACAAGCUGGGGCACAUCCUGGAGGAGUUUGCGACACUGCAGGAUGAGGCAGAGAAGGUGGACGCGGCGCUGCACAGCCUGCUUAUGAAGCUGGAGCCCCAGCGGCAGCACCUGGCCUGCCUGGGCACCUGGAUCCUCUACCACAACCUGCGCAUCAUGAUCCACUACCUGCUGAGCGGCUUUGAGCUGGAGCUCUACAGCAUGCACGAGUACUACUACAUCUACUGGUACCUGUCGGAGUUCCUGUAUGCCUGGCUGAUGUCGACGCUGAGCCGAGCGGACAGCUCCCAGAUGGCCGAGGAGAGAGUCCUGGAGGAGCAGCAGAGAGGGCGCAGCAGCAAGAAAACCAAGAAGAAGAAGAAGGGAGGAGGUGAGGAGGAGGGAAGAGGAGCUCGUCCCCUCGGCAGAGAGAUCACGAUGAGCCAAGCCUACCAGAACAUGUGUGCUGGCAUGUACAAGACCAUGAUAGCCCUGGAUAUGGAUGGGAAGGUUCGUAAGCCCCAGUUUGAGCUGGACAGCGAGCAGGUUCGGUAUGAGCAUCGCUUCGCCCCCUUCAACAGCGUGGUCACGCCCCCUCCUGUCCACUACAUCCAGUUCAAGGAGAUGUCUGAUCUGAAGAAGUACAGCCCGCCCCCCCAGUCAGCUGACCUGUAUAUGGCGGCCAGCAAGCACUUCCAGCAGGCCAAGCUCAUCCUGGAGAACGUCCCGAUCCCCGACCCUGAGGUGACCCGGAUCCUGAAGGUGGCCAAGCCCAACAUCGUGGUGAUGAAACUGCUGGCUGGAGGCCACAAGAAGGAAACCAAGGUCCUUCCUGAGUUUGACUUCUCAGCUCACAAGUAUUUCCCUGUGGUCAAGAUCAUCUGAGAUUCCUACACUGAGUUUCACCUCGACAGAUCCCCCCCUAGGUGCCCCCCCCCCUCCGUGCCCCCUCCCCACCAUCAAGAGAGACCCCCUUUGGGUUCCUGUGUGUGUGUGUGUGUGUGUGAGAAAGAGAGAGUGUCUGCUUGCCUGAAUGGAGAGUUUCCUGGUUUCCCUGUCAAAGGUGCCAUCUAAUCGUUGAAGCACUGUCAUCGAAGGAGGACAUUGUUUCUUAAGAGAAAGCUUAAUCUGGGUUACUGGAUUUGACCAGCACCAAGGUUUUCUCAGUUCAUCAAACUACCACUUGAAGUCCCAGGAAUCUACAAAAGACUACAAUAACCAGCCAUGCCUCAAAGCGACAAAAUUGAUCAUGGUAUCUAAAUUGUUUAUUUCCUUGUUGUCCUUUUGUUCAUUUCUUCAAUAAAAACCUAUGAUUAUUUAA